ACUUUUUUGGACUUCGCGAUAAGCAUAGAGUACCAAGAACUGCCAAACCUGGAAGAGAGACCCGAGACAGAACAACAAAACCUAUUACACCACUCCCACCUAGCGGACGUACUCCCAUACCGCCAACAUGCGCCCCUUAACUGAUCAGGAAAUGAAGACAGUGUUGGACAAGCUAGCCAACUAUGUCUCCGACCUGAAAAGUCUAAUUGCCCCCCUCGAGGACGGCGACCGUUACGUGUUCCGGCUGAACCACUCCCGGGUCUACUACGUCAAGCUUUCUAUCGCCAACCUUGCCACGAGCAUUAGCCGUGACGCGCUGCUCAGCUUGGGUACUUGUCUGGGGAAGAUGACCAAGACGGGCAAGUUUCGCCUGCACAUCACGGCACUGCCCAUCAUUGCGCCGGGCGCGCGGCACAAGAUUUGGGUCAAGGAUAACGGGGCGCAGCCUUUCCUAUAUGGGUCAAAUGGUGGGUAUCUGUGGAUUGAAGUGGUGAAAGCGCACGUUGGGAGGUGGUCCGAGGACUGCCCGGAACAUUCGGGCUGUGUCGUGUACAGCAUGGCGGAUAUCCCACUCGGUUUUGGAGUGACUGCAAGGAGUACGACCGAGGCGCGACGAUUGGAUCCUACGGGCAUCGUGUGCUUCCGGCAAGCAGACUGCGGCGAGUACCUCCGCGACGAGGACACUCUCUUUGCGGGUUAAUUGGGCCAACUCGGUAAUGGUAUAGUUAGACAAAAACGACAUAUGGGCCGGCGUCAGGUGUUCAAAUGGCCUCGUAUCUAUCAAUGAGGCGGUGGCUGCUUUGGUUAUCAA